AUGGCUAAUAUGACCGAGGCUGUUCAGUGUUUCGGACGCAAGAAGACUGCUACGGCUGUUGCUCACUGCAAGCGCGGCACAGGUCUCAUCAAGAUCAACGGUUCGCCCCUUGAGCUUGUUGAGCCUGAGAUCCUUAGGGCCAAGGUCUAUGAGCCUAUUUACCUUCUUGGCAAGGAACGAUUUGAAAUGGUUGAUAUCCGUGUUCGUGUCAACGGAGGUGGUCAAGUCUCGCAAAUCUAUGCCAUCCGUCAGGCUAUUGCCAAGGCAAUCGUUGCCUUUUACCAAAAAUUCAUUGACGAGUCAUCCAAGAAGGAAAUCAAGGAAAUCCUUAUCCGCUAUGAUCGUACUCUUCUUGUCGCUGAUCCCCGUCGCUGCGAGCCCAAGAAGUUUGGUGGUGCUGGUGCACGCGCUCGUUACCAGAAGUCUUAUCGUUAAACAAUGGACUUGGUGGGUGUGGAUCCUGGUUGGAUUUUCACUACUUUUUCCAUGUACUUCACAUUCAAGCGUAAUGAACUUGCAGAGCCAUGCGUUUCUAUUA